GGAUACAGGAUGCUGCCGCCAGAGGGUCCCCGGGCCUCCGAAGAGGGCACAGCCGCUGGGCCCCAGCGAGGUGACUGCGUCAUCUGCUACUCAGCCUAUGACCUCACUGGGCACCUACCCCGCCGCCUCUACUGCGGUCACACCUUCUGCCAGGCGUGCGUGCGGCGGCUGGACACGCCAGCCCACGAGCAGCGCUGGAUCCCCUGCCCGCAGUGCCGCCAGAGCACACCCACGCCCCGCGGAGGGGUGGCCAUGCUGGACCUCGACCUGGCUGCCUUCCUGGCCGUCAGGGCCGAGCGGGAGCCGCCUCGCACAGAACCCCAGCCCCCCACGCCCCUCAAAGGCAGCACCGCCAUUACUCAGCAGCCGGCCAGGCUUUGGCCUGCCUUGGGCCCCCAGCCCCACUUCCCCCAGCCCAGAUGCUGCUUCUGGGGCUGCAGCGGCCUCUGCUGGGACCCCCCAGGCAGCCCCGAGGCCUGA